AUCCAAGACGGGAGGGAUGCAGAAGCUGCCUAAUUCUCAGCGGCCGCCUCAGCCAAUCAGCGGCGUCUCCUUUGCCCGGGAUUUCCCCAACCCCGAUGCAGGAGGCUGCAGCAGCCGCUGCUCGCUCUGAGUCUUGGUUCCCGCGGCGACUUCCUAGCAAUGGUUGGUAGGAAGCAACGGUGACCUUGCGGCCACUGGAAAGCGUGCGCCCCAAAGCCGGGGUAGUGGUGGCCAUGGGCAAUGUACCGUCCGCGGUGAAACACUGUCUCAGCUACCAGCAUCUCCUCAAAGAGCAGCUGUGGAUUGGGGAGCCGGCCCUGCAGCCGUCCGCACAGGAAUUUCUCACAAGUGGAUUUCCUGAAUUUGUUAAGGUCGUAGAAGUAGGUCCAAGAGAUGGAUUGCAGAAUGAAAAGGCUGUAGUCCCUACAGAUGUCAAAAUAGAGCUAAUCGACCGACUUUCUAAAAGUGGUUUGCCUGUCGUAGAAGUGACGAGCUUUGUUUCUUCAAAAUGGGUACCUCAAAUGGCAGAUCACACAGAAGUAAUGAGGGGAAUAGAAUGUUAUCCUGGAGUCCGAUAUCCUGUACUCACUCCUAAUCUUCAAGGGUUCCAUUCUGCUAUUGCUGCUGGGGCAACAGAAGUAGCCGUCUUUGGUGCAGCAUCUGAGUCUUUCAGCAAAAUGAAUAUUAACUGCACCAUAGAAGAAAGCAUGGACAAAUUUGAAGACGUUGUUAAAUCAGCAAGGAAUAUGGACAUACCAGUGAGAGGGUAUGUGUCUUGUGCGCUGGGAUGUCCUUAUGAAGGAAAUAUUGCACCAGCUAAAGUGGCAGAAGUUUCUAAAAGGCUAUACAGCAUGGGCUGCUAUGAGAUAUCGCUGGGAGAUACGAUUGGUGUAGGGACACCAGGCAGCAUGAAAAGAAUGCUGGACUCUGUGUUGAUGGAAAUCCCUGUGAAUGCCAUUGCUGUGCAUUGUCAUGACACAUAUGGCCAGGCUUUAGCCAAUAUCCUUACAGCUAUGCAGAUGGGAGUUAAUGUGGUGGAUUCUGCUGUUGCUGGUUUAGGAGGCUGCCCAUAUGCGAAAGGUGCCACAGGAAAUGUAGCUACAGAAGAUGUGAUAUACAUGCUUAAUGGUUUAGGGAUCAACACGGGUGUGGAUCUUACCAAGGUUAUGGAAGCUGGAAACUUCAUCUGCACAGCCUUAAACAAGACAACAAAUUCCAAAGUUGCUCAGGCUUCCUUCAGUGGUUGAACUGUAUGAGAUGUAGUGUUUGUUUAUUUAUGCUAUGAAUAUUUGACCACCAAUAUGCUCUUUCUGUUUAUAGCUGCAUUAAGCAACCCCAUUGCAAACAAAAUCUUUUGAGCAGACAAAAAAGGGGCAGCAGAAACAUGUUAAGCUGAUAGUAGUUGCAUAUAUAAAAACAGAAUGGAAGAUGUCAGAACUAAUGGCUGAAUUAAACUCUCUUGCCUUUUGUUUAGGCUUUUAGAAA